GAAAACAACCAUAUAAAUACCCCAUUCCUCCGCGCUUAAUCCUACCGAAUGAAUUUUCAUUCCUCUCCACUUUCAAAACUCUCGAAAAAAAAAAUCAUUAAAAAAUUCAAAUUCAAAGCUCAGCUAUGGAGAUUUCAAGUUGCCCUAUUUGUAAUUUAAGCGUUCCAUCCUUAGAACUCCAGAGACACGCGAAUGAGCAUUUCGACGAUGAAGAUUACAGCAGAGAUUUCGAAUUCGCGCGGAUAAUCUCUAUUGCUCCGCCUAGCCCACCUCCAAUUGCUGAAAAUUCAUUGAAAUGUUGGCCUAGUUCUUCUAGGUGUGAUGCUAAGACAACCGAUUGUUCGGGGAAUAUUGAUGCUGAAAAGUACGCUUCUUUGGUACUCUCACAGAACAAGGAGAAAUUCUACAAAGUCGAAGGAAAUUUAAUGACAAUGUUGAGAAAAUGUUUGGAAUUAGAAUGGGGGAACUCCUCAAGUAUAUUGUGUGGGCAUAUCGAUCAUUUUCAGAGUACCGAAUGGGAUAUUGGUUGGGGGUGUGGAUGGCGUAAUAUCCAAAUGCUUAGCUCUCAUUUGCUAAGCCAACGAGAAGAAGCCAAGCAGGUUUUAUACGGUGGUUCUGGUUUUGUACCUAAUAUUGGAUCGGUUCAAAGAUGGCUCGAGCUUGCUUGGGAAAAGGGUUUCGAUACUCUUGGUUCGAAUGAGUUUGAUCAGAAAAUUCACGGCAAGAGAAACUGGAUUGGAACUGUUGAAUGCGCUGCACUUUUACGUUCCUUUGGUCUGCGUGCAUGUAUAGUUGAUUUUGUGGAUAAAGAUUGUGAGUUGGAUACUUCAGUUGCUUGUGUGGGCUUUGGCAAGAGGAAAAUCUCGCAGAUUUAUGGACCAAUGGACUCGUUUCUAUCGAAGGGGAAAGUAGACUUGUCGCCGAGAGUUUCCUCUGGUAAUGAAGGCUGCAAACAGGUUGACGGUCUCACCGAAUGGGUUUGGAAUUACUUUCGUGGCAACAAUGCUAGCAUAUCAUCAGGCAAUAAUCGUGUUGCUAUUAGUGAGAAAACGCCGUUGUACUUCCAACACGAUGGCCAUUCAAGAACCAUAGUUGGCAUUCAGGUUAAGCAUCAGAAGAAUGGGAAGAAGCAGUACAACUUAUUAAUCUUUGAUCCUUCUGAAAAAACAAGAAACCUGGAAGAAUCUCUCAGAAACAAUGUCGGAUGGCAAAGAUUAAUAAAGAGAGGAGCCCACACACUGAGGAAGUCGAUGUACCAGGUUCGAACAUGUUCUGCUCAGUGUUGUUAUCUGUCUCGUCGAAAUGUGGUUAAGAUGGUAACGUUUUGGUUUUUGUUUCAGUUGUGCUAUGUCGAUCCUGGAAUUGCGCGCGGACAGGAGUUGGAGAAGCUGAAGAUCAUACGUGGCACGCGUCACGAAUUCUAGACUAAUCUUGAAUGCAUACACCAUUAUUUUGAAAUCAAAACCUCGUUAAAUUAUUACAAAUUGAGGUAGCAUUAUCUAUAUUGAAUUUAAUCGAGCAUAUCUUUAAAAAAUAUUUGGAUGCAUUUUGUUAGUAUAUACUUUACAGUAGGCGACAAAUUGUAAUCAUCGUUUCGUCUGAUUUGAACUUCCCACCCUAUUCUAUACAACAGCAAUCAAUAGAUUGAACCA